AUGGGCAAGCUCCAGGUGUGCAUUUGCGCCGCACGCAACCUUCAUGAGCAGUCGGCGCCCUGCAUGCCCGACCCUUACUGUUGUGUGCGAUUGGGCGAUACGACGUACAAAACAAAAAUCGUGAAUAAUACAUGUAAUCCCGUAUGGAACCAAACUCUUCGGUUCUAUGUGGCGGACGAAAACACCGCGCAUCUCUGUGUUGAGCUUUGGACAACCGACGUCAUUACGGAUGGAGUGUUGGGGUCAAUCUGUCUGCCCCUUUCAGGCCUAACGAUGGGUAUCAUUCAGGACUCGUGGUAUCUCCUCUCACAUUCGCCCACGAACGCGGAGCUGCGCAUCCGUCUUUUAGCAUGCGACUUCGGCAAGCAGCCGCAUCCCAACCAGCGAUGGAAGAUAACAAAUGAUAUCAACAACUGUAGCGUGCUAGCCGCUGACGAGAAACUGUCAGCUGCAGCUCCUGCUCUCAUGGCUUAA